UCUAAGUAGUGUUGUAACGGUAUGUAUGGUCAUGGACAAGCAAAUCUAUUUUAGAGGGCUUGUGUUCCCCGAAAACAGAGUAUUAAAUAGAGUUUUGACAAAUGAUACACGGAUCACAGCUCUCUUUAAGACAAAUCUUGCAACACAAAUUCUUGAAACACAGGCCUAGGCAGCAGGAAAAACAAGCAAAAUGGCCUGUUCAGGUUCUUCCAUUCUGUUAUUUUUUGUUUUUCUAUUUUUACAUCCUUCGUUGUUACUCUCGCUUCCAAUUCAGGAUAGCUUUCUGCAAUGUCUCUCAAAAAAUUCUGAAUUCUCCUUUCCCUUUUCCACCAUCUUUUACACUCCAAAAAACUCUUCAUACACUACUAUUCUGCAAUCUUCUGCUCAAAACCCCAGAUUCACAACGCCUUCACUACCAAAACCAGAGUUUAUAUUCACUCCAUUACAGGAAUCUCACAUCCAAGCUGCUGUUAUUUGCUCAAAGCAGCUGGGAAUUCAUCUUAGAGUCCUUAGCGGAGGCCACGACUAUGAGGGACUCUCUUAUGUCUCUGAAAUUGAAAAACCAUUCAUUGUUGUAAACCUUGCCAACCUUCGAUCCAUUAGUGUCGAUAUCGAUGAUAACAGCGCAUGGGUUCAAGCUGGUGCCACAAUUGGUGAACUUUACUAUCGAAUUUCAGAGAGAAGUAAAAAUCAUGGCUUCCCGGCAGGUAUUUGUCCCACUGUGGGUGUUGGUGGGCACAUUGCAGGAGGUGGAUAUGGCCCUAUUUUCAGAAAAUAUGGCCUUGCUGCGGACAAUGUCAUCGAUGCUCGUAUAAUAGACGCCCAUGGAAGAGUGCUUGACCGGAAAGCCAUGGGAAAAGAUCUUUUUUGGGCAAUUAGAGGAGGUGGAGGAGGAAGCUUUGGAAUCAUCACUGCCUGGAAAGUAAAAGUGGUUCCUGUGCCACCAACUGUGACUUUUUUUGAAGUUUCCAAGACCUUGGAACAAGGUGCUAUUAAGCUCCUCUGUAAAUGGCAACAAAUUGCUGACAAACUUGACGAGGAUCUCUACCUUCAAGUUGUCAUUCGAUUGGCUAAUGCUAGUGAUAAGGGUAAAAGAACCGUAUCGACUACCUAUAAAGCUUUGUUUCUUGGUGGUGCCACCAGGCUGCUCCAUGUGAUGCAAGAAAGUCUCCCUGAACUGGGUUUGACAAGGAAGGAUUGUAUGGAAUCAAGCUGGAUCGAUUCAAUGCUAUAUGAGGCUUACCUUCCUAACAAUACAUCUCCUGAAAUUUUACUUGAACGGAAGAAUCUAUUCAAAAACUACUUCAAAAUCAAGUCAGACUACGCCAAAGAGCUUAUAUCGGAAACCGCACUUGAAGGGUUAUUUGAAAUGUUGUUAACGUCGGAAGAAAGUCCAAGGAUUAUAUUGGUUCCUUAUGGUGGGGUGAUGAGCAAAAUUUCAGAGUCUCAGACUCCUUACCCUCAUAGAAAGGGUAAUUUGUUCUUGAUUGCCUACAUGAGCAGCUGGAAAGAUGUUUCAGAGAAUGCUGCAAAGCAUAUUGAUUGGAUUAAGAAGGUCUAUGAGUACAUGACUCCUUAUGUUUCCAUGAAUCCAAGGGAAGCCUAUGCCAAUUACAGGGAUCUUGAUUUGGGCAUGAACAAUAGAACUAGACCAAUAGUAGAAGAAUCAAGUGCUUGGGGUACCAAAUACUUCAAGGAUAACUUCUACAGAUUGGUACGAGUUAAGACCAGAGUAGAUCCUGAUAACUUCUUCAGGCAUGAACAGAGCAUUCCUCCUGCCAUUACUUCCAUAAGAAAAAGAAUCAAAGGAUAAUGCAGCACCGCAGAGCUAGCUAUUAUGCGUUG